AUGAAAUCAAGUAUUGUUAUGUGGACAGAAAUAAAAGAAACAGCGUUCGUUACUCUGUUGAAUGGAGAUCAAGCUCAAAAUGCAAUUAGGAAAUUUCACCAGUAUUCUCUUCGGGGAAAAGAGAUAUCCGUGCAGCUCCAACCCACAGACGCUCUGCUCUGCGUUACCAACUUACCCGUGUCCUUGACGUUGGAGGAGUUUGAGGAACUUGUGCGUGCGUACGGCAACGUCGAGAGGUGUUUUUUGGUCUAUAACGAAGCCACUGGCCAUUCGAAGGGCUAUGGCUUUGUGGAAUACAUGAAGAAGGACUCUGCUGCCAAGGCCAGACUGGAACUUCUAGGGAAACAGUUAGAUGAGAGCACUCUCUUUGCACAGUGGAUGGAUGUCAACCAGCUGACGACAAAUCUUAUUCACUCCAAGUGCCUUUGUGUAGAUAAAUUUCAAAAAGACUCCGCUGAUUCAAAAGAACUGAUCCAAGCUUUCUCACUAAAGUAUAAACCUAUUUUCUGCCAGUUUGCUCAGGAUGAAGACAGUUGUAUUGGUGACUUUGCGGUGGUUGAGUAUGAAACUGCAGAGCAAGCUGAACAAGUCCAAGAAGUCACCGAUGGCAUCACCAUCAAAGGAAAGAGAGUCCAGGUGUCGUACUGUGCUCCGGGAGCGCCGGGCAGAAGCACAUUAGCAGCACUUAUAGCAGCACAGAGGAUGAUGAGGAACAACAGGAAAGGCUUGCUUCCAGAACCAAAUCCAGUGCAGAUUAUGAAAAGUUUUAAUAAUCCAGCAAUGUUGCAAAUGCUGCUGCAGCCCCAGUUGCGUGGACAUGCUGUUAAACCUGCAGUUCUUGGAGCAUCUGCAGGUUUAACUCACCUUAUAAAUUCAGCAGUUGGCCCACCUUUUUUGCAGUUGAAUAAAGUUCACCAGAGUUCAAUUCUGGGGAGUACAUCUAACUUACUGCUGCAGAGCCCUGCGCACCUACCACUGCCACAGCAGCAGCUGAUGAAGAUUGAGAACAUUCAGGCUAAUAGUAAACCUGGUUUGCUGGGAGAACCUCCCACAAUGCUGCUUCAGACAGUACUGGGAAUAGGGGUAAUGCCAUCAGUGAGCUCAGGCAUGGGAACCCGUGGAGAAGCACUUAAGUCAGCAGCAGCAGCAGGGAUGGGCAUGUUGCCAUUCUUUCCCAAUCAGCACAUUGUUGGACAAGCUAUACCAGGGCAAAAUAACGCUCCAGAUAAACAAUCGACGGCCGAAGCGGUUGUCUCGGGAUCACAGCCUUAUCAUCAGACCUUAACAAAUCUUCCUGCUGGAGCUUUGCGGGCUGGACAUGCCAAACAACACAAUCAACUAAAAAGUACUGAUACGAGUUUGGGGACUCCCUUGAAAAAACAGACUUCGCUGCUAGGAGAACCACCAAAAGAAAUCCGUCUUAGUACCAACCCCUACUUGAAUUUGGCAAGUGUGUUGCCUGGUAUAUGUCUUCCAGCAAUUGCCAGCAAAGCCUCUAGUCCUCCACAGCAGACCGGGCUUCCCAACAACAUCGUGGAUGCUGCUGUGUCUCAGGGAACUACAUCACAACAUGCAAUGGAAAAUUAUUUUAAUUACUCUCAGCAGCAUGGGGAAUACACACAGGUGGCUCCAACCAGAAGCGAGAAGCGAGGCUCCUCGUACCUCAUUUCCUCCCCAGAACCUGGCCCCAUGGAGUACCUUGGCCAGCAGACUCAGGGCUCCGCAGUGCGUUACGCAGAAUCCUCGCUGAAAAAGAAGCGCGUUUAUUGAGCCCCAAACAAUCCCUCCUGCCUCGGGGUGCAGGCAGGCUCGUCGGACCUCUGCUAUUUAUUGCUGCCUUAACUUCAAACAAAUCAUUCUUCUUUCUGUGUGUGGGUUAUGACUAUCCCGAGAGGAACAACCCUCUGUAAAGGGGGAGGGAGAUUUGCC